GUUGUUGCUGUUGCUUCUCGAACUGUCAAACUACCCAAACAAGGAAGCAGCCAAGUUGAAAAUUCAUUUUCGCUCAAUUUGUUCGAUUAAAAUAAGUAAUACGCUCUGCAAAACAUGACCUACGACGCCGCUCAUGACGACGGGCCAGGAUUUGUUGGUAUUCGGUUCUGCCAAGAAUGCAACAACAUGUUAUAUCCGAAGGAGGACAAGGAAAACAAAAUUUUGCUAUAUGCGUGCCGCAACUGCGAUUAUAAACAGGAAGCUGAUUCAAACUGCAUUUACGUGAACAAAAUUAUGCACGAAAUCGAUGAACUGACUCACAUUGUACCGGAUGUGAUAUCGGAUCCAACACUUCCUCGCACAGAGGAACACGCCUGUCCGAAGUGUUCACAUCGGGAGGCAGUAUUUUUCCAAGCACAAACUCGUCGAGCGGAAGAAGAAAUGAGGCUGUACUACGUGUGUACCAAUCCCAACUGCUGCCAUCGCUGGACUGAGUGAAUGCGGGUAAAUCUCGAGCCUAGAAAGUUAAUACUGACAAGCACUGGAAACAUUUUGUUCGCGAUUAAUAUUUUAGGAUAAUUAAAUUAACUUUUUUCUUAUGAAAAACAUA